AGCAUUGAACACGUUUUUGGAGAUAUCAGAGACAUACCAGCAAAGCGACAGUGCUGCAUGGCAAUUGAGGCGAAGGUGCAGCUGACAUCAGUUGAGAACCAAAUUGACAGGCUGUUGGAAAGUUGAUGAAACAAGACAGCGAUGCUCCACGAGGUGUUGAGUUCAUGCUUAUCUAGAUGUUACCUGGACUGAGCGUGUUCCUGUAGAUAGCAGAGACAUACCAGCACAGAAACAGUGCUGCAUGGCAAUUGAGGCGAAGGUGCAGCUGACAUCAGUUGAGAACCAAAUUGACAGGCUGUUGGAAGGUAACGUCUUCUGGUCCUUCAACAUACACCUCAGUUGCACGACUUGCAUUCUAGUUUAUUUUUCUUCUGUUUGCUGAUCUGGAUUCUCUGUUAAGCUAAGCACUUGUGCCGAUGCUUUGCCUCCAAUCGUCGAGACAUGGCAUGCACUUAGUGAUGCUUGUCUCCUUAACAAGAUUGUAACAGAUAGAGAUGCUUAGGCUGCUCCAAAAAAUUGAUUCAUCAUUGGCAAUACAUGGAGCGUGUUGCACAAUAUUCCUUGCCAGCAAGACUGCUUUUGUUUCUUGACUAUAAAUAGAGUGCACCACAAUGGUUGAGCACCAACAAAGCGCAUCUGCUCUUCACUUUCUCUUCCAUUACGAACAUAAACACAUCAUCAGUUCAUCCAUUAGAAACAUGGCUUGCCAUCAAAGAUCCGCAAGUUUGCCUUACUCCAGUGAAUCCCAAGUGGAGGUGGAACUGCAGGGCCUGAAGUCAUGCAUCUCUUCACCCUCCGCAACCAUCGACACAAUGUGUGGUGGUUACGCAAGGCUUGGAGACAUCUACAAGUGCAUAGAGGAGAUCAUGGGCUUGCCCAGCAACCAAGUUGGCCUCUCCUUCCCCCAAAACAAGAAAAUGGUGGAAGAGGAACUGGAGCGAUCCCUCCUGCUGAUUGAUCUCUGCAAUUCAAUGCAAGAGAAUUUAGCAGAGCUGAAGAUGAGUACCCAGGAGCUGCAACUGGUUCUCAAAAGAGGAGAUGAUGCGUCUGUUCAACUCAAGUUUGAGUCUUUCAUUCGCCUCGCCAAGCAGGCGCGGAAGCCUUUCAAGAAGAUCGCAAGCAGCAAAGCUAGUGGUGAGGAUUGCAGGCUGGUCAGGCUACUGGCGGAAGCCAGAGAGAUGUCUGUCUCUCUACUCGAGUCCACGUCGCAGCUGUUGCCGAAGCAGUUCGCCACCACCAAAGGAAGCAAAUGGUCUCUUGUCCAGAAGAGAAAGGUCGUUUGCGAGGAGGAACAGUUGCAAAUGCUGGAGCGAAGCAUGGGAGAUCUUGAGGACGGUGCAGAGCUUCUGUUCAGGAGUUUGAUCCAAAGCAGGGUUUCACUCCUGAACAUUCUCUGUUCAUAGACACUCUCAGGCCUUGUUUCUCUAGCAUAUUGCGAUUGGCAUCCGCCUUUUAAAGGAUUCACCAGUCAUAUAGAACCUUUCUAGCUUGUGUACUGAGUACACUACUAAAUGUACAUACAAAUGAUCAGUUGACGAUAGCAGUUUUGACUAUGCCCAUAUCAUUACUUGUGAUUUCACCAAUCUUUACCGGGCGAUGAUUUAGAUUUAUUUUUCUUAGCUGAGUGUCAUGUCGAU